AGCUAUCUCGCGAUAAUAAAGCACCACCUCACACUGUUCCCUUCACUCUCCAUUUUUAAUCACCAUCUCAGACUAUGUUGAGCUCCCACCUGAACCUCUCAUCCUCCUCCUCCUCCUCCUCCGCAAUUGCCUUGCUACCUCGCGCAUUCUCCCUCUCCACCUCCCCCAACGCCCCCGCCGCCAAGCUCUCCCUCCCCUUCCCAAUCUCCCGCGCAGUCGCCUCGCCUUGGAUCUCCGUCCGAUACUCCCCCCCGCGGUCCACCUUCCUCCGCGUACGUGUCAUGGCCGAGCUCGUUCAGGACAAGGAAUCGACCGAAAGCGUCGCCGCCGCCGCCGCCGCGGCCUCCGGCUCCGGCAACGAGAAUGAGAAGCUGAACGCGGAGGCGAAGCAGCACUCCCGGAUUUUCGUCGACGUCCGCUCUGAAGAAGAGCUGCUUUCUGUAAUUGCAAAAGAAAAGGACGAGGGAAGGCUGCCUCCAAAUGUUGCUGCGGGGAUGGAGGAAUUGUUCCACAAUUACAAGAAUGCAGUCUUCCAAAGCGGAAUUCCCCAUCCUGAUGAGAUUGUUUUGUCAAAUAUGAGUGUCGCUCUUGAUCGGAUUUUCUUGGAUGUUGAGGAUCCUUUUAUCUUCCCUCCAUACCACAAAGCAGCAAGGGAGCCUUUUGACUACUACAUGUUUGGUCAAAAUUACAUCCGUCCUCUGAUUGAUUUCAGAAACUCAUAUGUUGGAAACAUUCCUAUUUUUGAUGAAAUCCGAGAGAAACUUCAGGAGGGUCACAACGUUGUUCUGAUAUCCAACCACCAAACUGAAGCAGAUCCAGCCGUUAUCGCUCUGCUUCUUGAAGGAACACAUUCGCUUAUUGCGGAGAAUAUGACUUAUGUAGCUGGAGAUAGAGUUGUAACAGAUCCGCUCUGCAAGCCCUUCAGCUUGGGAAGGAACCUUAUUUGUGUAUAUUCGAAAAAGCAUAUGUUUGAUGUUCCGGAGCUUGUUGAGAUGAAAAGAAGAUCAAAUACACGAAGCUUGAAGGAAAUGGCUUUGCUUUUAAGGGGUGGAUCGCAUUUACUGUGGAUUGCACCAAGUGGUGGCAGAGAUCGUCCAAAUCCUCUUACAGGAGAAUGGUAUCCAGCACCCUUUGAUUCUGCUGUGGUAGACAAUAUGAGGAGGCUUGUAGAACAUUCUGGCGUGCCGGGACAUCUCUAUCCAUUAGCAUUGUUGUGCUAUGAUAUCAUGCCACCUCCACGCCAGGUGGAGAAAGAAAUUGGUGAAAGAAGAGUGAUUACCUUCCAUGGUGUUGGGUUAUCAGUCGGACCGGAGAUUAAACUCAAUGAAGUUACUUCCACCUGUAACGACUCUGAGGAGGCUAAGGAGGCAUAUGCACGGGCUCUUUAUGAGUCUAUUACUGCACAAUAUAAUAUUCUCAAAUCUGCUAUACAUGACAAAAAAGGACUGGAAGCAUCAACUGCAGAGGUUUCCUUCUCGCAACCAUGGAAUGACGAGAAUUAAUAGCACCUUUCCCAAGGUGAAAAUUUGAACACGUAUUCACAAUUCAGUUAAGUAGAUAUCUUCUGAUCCAUUUCAAUUACAUACUGGAAAACGGGGCUUUAUUUUUGCGGACCUUCUGAUGAACUCUCGGAAGUACUCGAACCAGCAUCUUUUUCUCUUUCCGUCCAUAGCUUCUGGGAGCUGACUGGUCAGAAGUCCAGGGCUGUUUGAGGAAUUCAACUUGCACAUCGUGUGCUGUACAGCAAUAGGUGGAGCGUAGUCACUGAUCGGCAGUCUUACAGUCCUACAUGUAUAUGUUGUACUACAUAACAGCCAUUGGUUAGCCGCUCUAGUUUUCUUUAGUAGCUUUUUGCCUAAUUUUCUUCAUCUUAGUCUCCUAUUUGGACUUGGCGUAUUACAUAAUCUAGUGCCGGAAGUUUUGCCUUGGCAGGUCGGUGGGUGAAAGCCCUUCGGUCCCGUUAGCCUUUUUAAA